AUGUUGCUACCUCUCUUUGCAGUCGUGUUGCUGGCCGUGGCGGGCAGUGCCCUGCUGGUCGGGGCGACCGUCCUCGCCACGAAGCUCAUCCGCCGUGCCCGGCUGCGGCAUUCGCGCGACAAUGAGCGACCAGAAACCGUCACCGCGACAGAAACCAGCGUCAUUGCCGUGCCAAACGAGAUGAUGGUUGCCUCCGCACUCUCCACUGAUCACGGCUGCACCCGCGAGACGCUCGAAGCUCGCGAUUCCUUUGCUCGUAUUGAAAUCCCCGACGCCUCGGAACUGCCCCUUGGUUCCCUCUCGGCCAAGGCCAAGGCUGGCCGCUUUUCCAUCCAAGACGCCUUUCUGCAACAAGAUGGCCAAAAGCACAACCCCUUGUAUGACUCCAUCAGUAGCCGAUCUGGGGCAGCCACGGCUGCCGUCAUGCGUGAGCUGAUGGAAAGCGAGAACGGUCCGCAAGCGCGCUCCCCCGGUCGCUCCACCCUCGGUGGUACUGUUCACGCCCUCGUCCGCCGCAACUCGUGCGAAUCGGACAUCACCGCCGGCGAGUCGCCUCACAACCAAGAGUCUCUCUCACCGUUACGACAGGCGCUGGCCAACAAUUACGAUCGCAUGGUCAUGACAUCGGCAAGCUCACCCCAGUCCGCCUCUGGCUCCGGCCCAGGCUAUUCCACGCUACUCGACGUCAAUGCAAACGGCGACACCAAGCGCCACAGCUAUGCCGAGGCCGAUGAACUCGCAGGGACCGACACUGUGCCCCCCCUUCAGCGCGCCCACAGCUAUGCUGAAGCCGAUGAACUAGCUGCCGAUAACGAUGGGUACGAACGAGCCGAUGACCUUGGUGCUGCUUCAGGGCCUGCCCCCUUGCUUCGCAGCCAUAGCUACGCCGAGGCCGAUGAGCUUGCAGCUCCUGACGACGAUGGCUACGACAAAGCCCAGGACAUCAUGGGUGGCUCUGAUCACCAUAGCUACGCCGAGGCCGAUGAUCUGGCAGCGCCAGACGACGAAGACGGCUACGAGCAGGCCGACAGCUUGGCUGCGGCCAGUGGCUACGACAAGGCCCAGGAUGUGGGCGCAGGCUCAGCCCUGCGGCACAGCUAUGCGGAAGCUGAUGAGCUUGCUUGGGACGAUGGUUACGACAAGGCACAGGAUCUUGUUAGCCACAGCUACACCCAACCCGACGAGCUUGCGGCUGACAGUGGCUACGACAAGGCUCAUGAUAUUGCAGCUUCAUCCAGCCCCAACCACGGCUACGCCACACCAGCCGACAUUGCCCCCCCACCUCCGUCCUUCCAGCGUGCCGAUUCGAACGUUGAUGGAAACUACCACAACGUUCGCGACAUGGCCGCCGGCAAUGUCAGUGCUCUUGACUCGUCCACGGAAACGGCCGUGUCUGAGGGUUACACCUCCCUGUCCAACUCCCCAAGAACUCGACCCCUACUCCGCCGCAAGUCCACCAAGAACACCCUGAAUAACAUCUCAUCCGAUAUCCGGUUGGCCGAGUUGCAACCCCAGAUUCCCAAUGCGGAAAUCACGUUUCGCGGCUUGCUCCACGAGGUAGGAAUAUACCACAAAGCCAAAGACUGUUUCAUCAGCCUCCCAGCAUCUGCCCGGUCAGCUGUGGCCGCGCUGGUUGAGGGGGUGGUGUUUAAUCGAGACUUCACGCCAUCAUGUUCGGUGCCAUUGUCUCUGGGUUCUGGACAGGGCGUUUUUGGGACAGUGGCCAAAGCCAUGUUGGAGCAAGCCAACGGUCGGUCCGACUUGGUCACCAUUCUGGUGCUGCCUGAUGACGAAAACGCCCUCCGUCAUCGAGCGGUGGACAUGAUUCGUGCUCUCAAAAAGCUCGACCACCCUAGCGUACGAGCUCUUGCCCCACAUGCCUCCAGACCACCGCUUUGGCUAUCACUGCAAAAGAUCGCCUUUUUGCUCAAAGUAGCCAAUCUGAUAUGCCCAUCGCAGGUGGUCAAAUUUCUGGGCAUUCACCUCGUCCCACCGCGCGCCAUGCUGGCGCUGGAGCACAUGGUGGACGGUCAUCUGGCAUCAUACUUGGCACGUCAGGGCAAGAAUGUACCGUUGCAUCGACGCAUGGAAUUUGCAAUGGACGUGGCCACAGGCAUGGAUUAUUUGGCAUCUGUUGGCGUCGUCCAUCGCGAUUUGCGCGCGGAAAACGUGUGGGUGUGCCGUGACUUUGCCAAGCUGUACGACUUUGGUUAUUCCCGUCAAGCCAGCAAUGAUGUUGACCAGCUGACAUGGGCCUGGAUGGCGCCAGAGCUCAACGCCCGCGACGAGCCCAGUGACCGCGAACACACCAUUCUCAGCGACGUGUUUAGCUUUGGCGUGUUUCUGAUGGAGCUAGUCGCUACCAACGGCGGUCUCAGCUACCCGACGGAAUGGUCUCAAGACCUGAUUAAGCGUCAAGUUGAAACCGGCUAUCGCCUCAGUCGACCCGCUGAUUGUCCAGAAUCUGUGUUCACCAUUGCCACUCGCUGCUGGCAUUCGACACCAGCAGAGCGCCCUGAUUUUGAAUGGCUCGUCAAGCGCAUCAAGGUGACGCAGGGUGUGCUCACGACGCAGGAGCGCCUGGACGCCCGCGCCAAGCAGAUGUCGCCCGUACCCAAACUCAUGGAAAGUGAAGAUCAAGGCUCGGCUCACAGCAUUCAAAUACAGGCUGAAAUGCGCCGUCCCGUACCACGUGUCAGCUCGGCAUUCUCUGCCAGCUCAGAGGACUGGAAUCGCAUCGCCAACACGGGUCAGCUGCAUCGCGCUGGUACCGACAGCAACUUAUCCCAUCGCUCCUCCUACGAUCAGCUACAAAUGGAUCCCCUGGCUGUAACGUUUGUGCGUGCCAACGAUGGCAUGCCGACACUCGCGGGCGCAGGCGAGGCAGCCAGUGACUAUUACACGCGCAUGGAUGAUGCCAAUCGUCCAGACCUGCCGGUGGGCUAUACACCCAUGGUGUACAGCCGUUCGGGCUCCAAAGUCAUGCCUCCCGUCCUGCGGCAAUCCUCUGUGGAGCGAGCAAUCCGCUCAGGCAUGCGACGCUACGAGGAGCUUGAUCAGGCAGUCGAGUUCCCCUCCUUACAGCGUCAACAACUACCCAAGCCACGCAUGUCCAUGCGCAUGAACUCCCACACCUCUGGCCUAGUGAUUCAGCAGGAGGGGGUUCCGGACGACCCGUACGAAGAGGCUUGGGAGGCGACACCUGCAGCCGCCAACGCUCCUCAACAGCAUGUCAACCAAAUGGGCCACCCCGAUGCUCGGGGGGGCUCUCAAAAGGGUAAACCCAACAAACCCCGCCACACAAGUGUGGUAUCCGAGUACGACGAUUUGGUAGAUGUGCAUGGGGUGGGUCCCCAAGGCACGUCCCCCGUUAUAGCUGGUCCUGCUGCUCCAUCACUCAAUCUACCGGGUAAAGGGAGUCAAUCGGCUGUGGUGGAUGAAAACCCGUACGAGCCCAUUCCUGGCGAGACGGCGCCGGUCUGCAUCGAGGCGGAGGCGGCCGCUGACGGCGACAGUGGUGCAUACAUGACACCACGAGCACUGCUUGAGCCCGAGUGGCUGCAUGGAUGCAUGGAUCGCACCGAGGCUGCCGAACUCGUGCAGCUCAAGGCCUUAGGUGGUGGCCUUCCUGGAGCCUACUUUGUGCGCCGGAAAACUGAAGCCAAUAGUUUUGCCAUUACGGUCAUGAGUGACUGGGCACAAGUGGAUCACUAUCUGCUGAAUUAUGAUGAUGCCCUGGGUUGGUACAUGAACGGCUCGACACAGCAAAAGUGCGGUGGUGCCGAUGAAAACCUGACAGUGGUUGUGGCAAAACUCAGUUCCGACGAGGACCAAUGGCGGCUGCCUCUGACUGUGCCUGUUAGCUGUUUGCGUCGAAACGAUGCCUCAGGCACGCCCAAUUUACCUGAGCCUGUGGUCCAGCGACGUCCCGUCGCUGCCACGCUUCUCUAG